GGGGCAGAGGGAGGAAGUUGGGCGGGGUGGGGAGAGCAGGGGCGGAAGGCCCCGCCCUCUGCCGGGACCCGAUUACACGUGUAAUGCUCAGAGAGUCGCCACAAGCCGGGCUUCGGGAAGUGGGAAGGCGGGGCGGAGCGGUUGCCAAUGGGCGAGCGAUAAGGGGCGCGCAUGCGCCGGAAGGGAGUUCCCCCCGAAGGGGCGGAGCGGUAGGAGGAAGAAAACGGGGAAGCGGGAUCAGGACGUCUGAGUCGGUGCCUGGUGGGCUCGGCGUUCGGGGUGGGGGGGUCUCGGCUCGCUGACCGCGGUCGGGGCCAGUGAGGGGGGGGGUGUCGGGGUCUCAGAACUUCCAAACCUUGGCCCGGAAGCGGCUCCCGGCGGAGUAACCGAGACGCAGCCAUAAGCUCCCCGAGGAUGCUUAGUGCCACUCUUCUCUGCUGCCUCCUGGGGGCACUGGGCUUCCUGAGCACUGGGGCAGAAGAGCACGUGGACAGCCAUGGCCAUGGUGGUGUUCGCCUGGAUAAGAACAUGGUGCAGGACAAAGAGCACAUCAUGGAACACCUAGAGGGUGUCAUUGAGAAAUCUGAGUCGGAGAUGUCUCCACAAGAGCUGCAGCUCCAUUACUUCAAGAUGCAUGACUAUGACGGCAAUAAUUUGUUGGACGGCUUAGAACUCGCCACUGCUAUUUCUCAUGUCCACAAGGAGGAAGGAGGAGAGCAGGCUCCAACCAUGAAGGAAGAAGAACUGAUGAAUUUGAUAGAUGGUGUUUUAAAGGAUGAUGACAAGAACAAUGAUGGCUACAUUGACUAUGCCGAAUUUGCAAAAUCACUGGAAUAAAAAUCCUUCGACUGCCUGCUAGUUAUAUGGAAAUGUGACCCAGUAUAAUGUGAUCGAAUGCUUGCUGUAUUACAGAGUAGUUGUGCUUUUCCAACUUCAGUGCUGCAGGAUGAGACCUUGUAGCAGCUUGUUACUUUGGAGUGAAAAUAAAGUUUUGGGCAGACCUGACUCAGAAAUGAUGGAAAUGCAUUCCACUCCUGAAUUAAUGUUUAACUUCUUAACAGACAGGCACUUUUUGAGAGUGAGAUAUAUCAUUGAGGUGUGGGUGCUUAGCAUCUCAGUUUUGGAUGUAGGUUACUACCUGACUCUUGGUUUUAAUAAUAGUAUUAGUACAUCUUCAAAUGAAUACUACUUUCAUGUGGCCAGGGAAACUUCAUGUGACCUAGGAAAUAAUUGGUGUCCCAAUCAUAUAAUCUCAGCUGAACAUUUAUCAACCCCAUAGGUCCUUGUGUAAUCAGUGUUCUUUCUAGUUUGCCCUGCACAGAUAAUUGCUUGCUGUGGGCAGGCGGCUAUUUGCUGUUUAUAGCUACAAACAUUAGAAAGGAAGGUUUGCCAAAUACUGAACUCAACUCUCAGUAGAGCUUGUUGAUAAAAACAGUUUUGACUUGGGUCUAUAUAAAAACCCCUAUGUUGACCUCAGCAUUUAAGCUUUUCAGUCUUUCAAUAUUUUGCAGGACUACUGCCACAUCUCUAUACUUUUAUUUUUGUUAUUUUUAAUACCAUGUUCAACCUAGGUUAGGCCUUGAAUGAAUGUAAUGAGGUUCUUUACUCCAGAUGAUGUAAAAAAUGUUAACUUUCUUAAUGUUUGUAUUUAACAUUAAUUUCUGGAGUUCCAUUUUAUGGUCUAUGAGUAAUAGGUGGGAUGUAAAAAAAAAAAAAAAAUACCCAGUCAGGGUACAUAAAAUACAGUUUUAGAUAAUCUAACCUGCGUCAGAAUGAUAAUGCUGCCAGUUAAGGGUUGAUGAGACACCUUAACAUUCAAACUAGGUGAUUUCAGAAGGAAAGCUGUUUAAAUGAGCUCUCCUAGUCAAGAGAAUACUUGAAUUCUUUCAUCAGUACUAAAGUCCUUUGAACUUUGUAGACUCAACAGUAUUUGAAAACUAAGACAGGAAGACACUGAGACAAUGUCUCAGUACUACUUUGGAUGUCAUUGAUAUAUGACAUUAGAAAACCUGAAAAGAUGUCAUUAUUACAACUAAUAGGAAAAGAACUGUGCUCUAAGAUGUUCAAAGACCUAUUUUCUGUAUUAAAGUAUUCUUAAAAGAAAACAAUGUAUUUGUAAAAAUGGUUUCCUGUGUCACGUGUGCAAUCAGAGCUAUGUUGUAAACUAUUCUUGUAAUAUCUAGUUAUUUUGAAAGAUUUGUAUAAUGGAUUAUUCUGGAUAUACGAGUAAUAAAGAUGAUGAAAUUGA